GGCUCGCGAGGGCUAUGACCGGCAAACUCGCCGAGAAGCUGCCGGUGACCAUGAGCAGUUUGCUAAACCAACUGCCUGACAAUCUGUACCCCGAGGAGAUCCCCAGCGCGCUCAACCUCUUCUCCGGCAGCAGCGACUCGGUAGCCCAUUACAAUCAGAUGGCUACAGAGAAUGUGAUGGACAUCGGUCUGACCAACGAGAAGCCCAACCCGGAACUCUCUUACUCGGGCUCCUUCCAGCCAGCCCCCGGCAACAAGACCGUGACCUACUUGGGAAAGUUCGCUUUCGACUCCCCUUCCAACUGGUGCCAGGACAACAUCAUUAGCCUCAUGAGCGCCGGCAUCUUGGGGGUGCCCCCGGCCUCAGGGGCGCUCAGCACGCAGACGUCCACGACCAGCAUGGUGCAGCCGCCGCAGGGCGACGUGGAGGCCAUGUAUCCAGCGCUGCCCCCCUAUUCCAACUGCGGCGACCUUUACUCGGAGCCCGUGUCUUUCCACGACCCCCAGGGCAACCCUGGGCUCGCCUAUUCCCCCCAGGAUUACCAAUCGGCCAAGCCAGCCUUGGACAGCAAUCUCUUCCCAAUGAUUCCUGACUACAACCUGUACCACCACCCCAACGACAUGAGCUCCAUUCCGGAGCACAAGCCUUUCCAAGGCAUGGACCCCAUCCGGGUCAAUCCACCCCCAAUUACCCCUCUGGAAACCAUCAAGGCGUUCAAAGACAAGCAGAUCCACCCUGGCUUCGGCAGCCUGCCCCAGCCGCCACUCACGCUCAAGCCUAUUAGGCCCCGCAAGUACCCCAACCGGCCCAGCAAGACCCCGCUCCACGAGAGGCCCCACGCGUGCCCGGCGGAGGGCUGCGACCGCCGCUUCAGCCGUUCGGACGAGCUGACUCGGCACCUGCGCAUCCACACGGGCCACAAGCCCUUCCAGUGCCGGAUCUGCAUGCGGAGCUUCAGCCGGAGCGAUCACCUCACCACGCACAUCCGUACGCACACGGGCGAGAAGCCCUUUGCCUGCGAGUUCUGCGGGCGCAAGUUUGCGCGCAGCGACGAGCGCAAACGCCACGCCAAGAUCCACCUCAAGCAAAAGGAGAAGAAGGCGGAGAAGGGGGGUGCGCCCUCGGCAUCCGCGGCGCCCACCGUGGCCUUGGCCCCUGUGGUCACUACCUGCGCCUGAGGCUCGGGCCCCAGAUCCCCUCUUUUCCCUUCCAGUGCCUCCUAGCUGCUCGCCUGAAAGCAGCGGGAAAGCCAGCCACGGAAGCGCAGGGGCCGCGCCCUGGCCUCUCCAUGGACGUGCGGCCCCUAGCUUCCCUUCGAUGCCCACCUGUUCCCACCCUUUCUCGUCGGCCAGCGGUCGGGGGCUGGGGCUGGAGGCGCCUUCCUCUCGCCGCUCCCCCCUUAGCCAAGGCGUGGGGGCGGAAAGGUGGCGUCUAGCCCGCUUUGUUCAGUUGGGAUCGCCUUGAUCCAGGGGCCUGUGGGCCGCGCCGUGAACCUGCGGGGGGCUGAAGGCGGGGCCCACCUAACCCUCGCUCAACCCAAGCACCUCAGUGUUUCCCCGUCUCUCCCAGGGUUCCCCCUCGAAGACCGGAGAGGGGGAGGGGUAAGGAGCGCACCAAA